CCUAAAGUGAUUUCUAAAUACAUUUAUUCACCAGAAAACUUGUGAUCUGAGCAACCCUUGAAUAUCAUAUAUUUGAUCUCUUCUAUAUAAUUUUAUACAAUUAUUUGUUUGCAUCCAAAGUAUCAAUCUCCUGGUGUACUAGCUACAUGUAUUAUUUUCGUCUCUUCCAAUUAUUGUGAAGAAGAAUAAUUGUACAAAAGACAAGCUUCAAAAGGGGAGUUAGCUGUUGAAGAAGAAUACAAUACCUUCCCAACAUCGAAGAGCAAACAAGCAAUAAAUUAAUAUGCUGUAGAUGAGACAAGAUUUGUAGAACUGUUAGAAAAGAACUAGAUAAGAACAAGUCAUCACAUGCAGUGUGAUGAUCAUCAUAGCAGCUGCUAGAAAAACCAAUACAAAGAAUUGAAACAUGACAUGGUGCACCGACUGCAGCGAUGAUGCCAUGGCAAUUGUGAGAAAGUCUUCACCUCCACCUCCUGCUACUGUUCUUACUGUCGCGAGUAAUGAAAGCCCAACACAUAACCGUGUUAAAGCUUGCCCCUCCUGUGGACAUCAGAUCAAAUGGCAAGAAAAGGGCGGCAUUCAUAAUCUGCCCGGGCUGCCAGCUGGAGUGAAGUUUGAUCCGAGCGAUCAAGAACUUCUUGAACAUUUAGAAGCCAAGGUAAGGUCAGAUGCUCGUAAGCUUCAUCCCCUGAUUGAUGAAUUCAUCCCUACCCUUGAAGGCGAGAACGGUAUUUGCUAUGCUCAUCCAGAAAAAUUACCAGGUGUGAGCAAGGAUGGAUUUAUCCGACAUUUUUUCCACAGGCCCUCGAAAGCAUACACCACCGGGACCAGAAAGAGAAGAAAAGUGCACGCGGACAUCGACGGAAACGAGACCCGAUGGCACAAAACUGGCAAAACCAGGGCAGUUUUUAUUGAUCAAGGCAAAGUCAUCAAAGGGUACAAGAAAAUACUUGUGCUCUACACUAACUACGGCAAGCAGCGAAAACCCGAAAAGACUAAUUGGGUAAUGCAUCAGUAUCAUCUUGGUAACAAUGAUGACGAAAAAGAUGGAGAGCUUGUUGUUUCCAAAAUCUUCUUCCAGACUCAACCUAGACAAUGCAGCAGCAGCAGCACCACCUCCGCGGUGAAUUUACGACGUUCUGCACCCAUUUUACCCAAGGACACCGUUGCUGUAAAUACUAAUACACCAGGGAAUGCAGGAGGUUCUAGCUUAAAGAACAAUAGCGCUGUGUUCGUUGAUUAUUAUAACCAGUCUCUUAUAUCUUUUAAGCAGACUACUUCUUAAUCGCUUGGUAUUUUAGUUUCUAACUCAAGUAAUUAAUAAUGUCCUGGGAUUUCCUUUCAGAAAAAGGAAACAAUGGCCUGGAAUUCAUUCUUGUAAAGUUUUUGUUUGAAUUGUAUUCAUCACAUGCAUAUGAUUAAAUUAUUGAUA